CACACAUCACUCAAACAUUCAUUCCAUAUAAGUGUAGAUUGUUAACAAAAUUCCCCCCUUUAUUCCAGAUUCCACAAGCCCUUUUUGAGCUGCUUGUUUGUCUAUAUAAACCUUCAUUCUUCCCUUUCUUCUUCAUCAAACUCACAUCACUUUUCUCUAUCUCUCAUCAUCUCUUGACAAAAAUGGCUCCGAGCUUGAGCAAGGGAGGCUCCAACGCCGCCGUCAUCGUCCACGGCUUCACCAACUCCGUCAUCACACUUGACGAAUCCAAUUUCAUCGUGAACGAUCACGUCAUCCUCUCCGAGGUCCCCCUCAACAUCACCGCGUCUCCCUCGCCUUACGCGGUGGGAGACAAGGCGGGGGAGGCGGCCUCCCCCGGCUGCUUUGUGGGGUUCGACGCUGCGGAGGCGAAGAACCACCACGUCGUCCCUAUUGGGAAAUUGAAAAACAUUAAAUUCAUGUCCAUUUUCCGCUUCAAAGUCUGGUGGACCACCCACUGGAUCGGGUCAAACGGGUCGGAUCUCGAGCGCGAGACCCAGAUAGUAAUCCUGGAUAAAUCCGCGGGCCCGGGAUUAAAUGAGCGGCCAUAUAUAGUUCUACUUCCCCUCAUUGAUGGGAAAUUCCGGGCCUCGCUCCAGCCCGGGAUUGACGACUUCGUCGACCUAUGCGUCGAGAGCGGGUCGACCAAGGUGACCGAGUCAUCGUUCCGGGCCGCACUCUACAUGCACGCCGGGGACGACCCGUUCACGCUGGUGAAGGACGCCGUCAAGGUGGCGCGCCACCACCUCGGCACGUUCCGGCUGCUCGAGGAGAAGACGCCGCCCGGGAUCGUCGACAAGUUCGGGUGGUGCACAUGGGACGCCUUCUACCUCACCGUGCAGCCCGAGGGCGUGAUGGAGGGGGUCAAGGGCCUCGUGGACGGUGGAUGCCCGCCGGGCCUCGUGCUCAUCGACGACGGGUGGCAGUCCAUCUGCCACGACGACGACGAUCUCACGACGGAGGGCAUGAACCGGACCUCCGCCGGUGAGCAGAUGCCGUGCAGGCUGAUUAAGUUCGAGGAGAACUACAAGUUUAGGGACUACAAGAGCCCGAACAAGGACGGGCCCGGCCCGGAUACCGGGAUGGCGGCCUUUAUCCGGGAUAUGAAGGAUACCUACACUAGCGUAGACUAUGUUUACGUUUGGCACGCUCUGUGUGGGUACUGGGGCGGGCUUAGGCCCGGUGUCCCGGGCCUGCCCAAAGCUAAGGUGAUUGAGCCCUUACUCACUCCCGGGCUUAAGACAACUAUGGAAGAUCUUGCUGUUGACAAGAUUGUCAACAAUGGUGUUGGCCUUGUCCCACCUAAAUUGGCUGAACAGAUGUAUGAAGGAUUACACUCCCAUCUUGAAUCUGUUGGGAUUGAUGGAGUUAAAGUUGAUGUGAUCCAUUUGUUGGAAAUGUUGUGUGAGGACUACGGUGGUCGGGUGGAGCUAGCAAAAGAUUACUACAAGGCGCUAACGAAGUCGGUUCAGAACCACUUCAAAGGAAACGGAGUGAUUGCUAGCAUGGAGCAUUGCAACGACUUCAUGUUCCUCGGAACAGAAGCCAUCACUCUUGGCCGUGUCGGUGACGACUUUUGGUGUACGGACCCAUCGGGCGACCCCAAUGGGACGUUCUGGCUACAAGGGUGCCACAUGGUGCACUGCGCCUACAAUAGUUUGUGGAUGGGAAAUUUCAUCCACCCCGAUUGGGACAUGUUCCAGUCGACUCAUCCGUGCGCGCUGUUCCACGCUGCGUCCCGCGCCAUCUCCGGCGGCCCCAUCUACGUGAGCGACUCGGUCGGAAAGCACAAUUUCGAGCUGCUCAAGAGCCUCGUCCUCCCCGACGGCACCAUCCUCCGCUGCGACUACUACGCUCUGCCCUCUCGCGACCGCCUCUUCGUAGACCCUCUCCACGACGGCGAGACGAUGCUGAAGAUCUGGAACCUCAACAAGUUCACCGGAGUGGUCGGAGCUUUCAAUUGCCAGGGCGGCGGCUGGGACCGCAAGGAGCGGCGAAACCAGUGCUUCUCUGAGUGCUCCCGCCCUGUCUCCGCCAAGGCGGGCCCCAGCGACAUCGAGUGGAAGCAAGGCGCGAAUCCGAUCGCCGUCGACGGCGUCGAGAAAUUCGCGAUGUAUUUAUACAGCGAGAAGAAGCUGAUCGUCUCCAAACCAUCCGACGCCAUCGACAUCGAGCUCGAUCCGUUCAAUUUCGAGCUCAUCACCGUUUCUCCGGUGAAUAAACUGCCCGGAGACGUCCAGUUUGCGCCGAUCGGGCUGGUGAACAUGCUCAACACCGGUGGUGCGAUUCAAUCGGUGGCGUACGACGAUCGCGCAAAAUCGGUGAAAAUUGGAGUGAAGGGAACAGGAGAGAUGAAGGUGUUCGCGUCGCAGAGGCCUGCGGCUGUGAAGGUGAACGGCGGGAACGUGAGAUUUGGGUUCGCGGAUUCCAUGGUGGCGGUGGAGGUGCCAUGGGUGAAGCCUACUGGAGUUUCGUUGAUUGAAUACGUGUUUUGAUUUUGAUUGUUGAUUUGGGGAAACGGUGCCCUAAUUGAGAUGGAAUUGGGGCUUUUAAUUUUUAAUUAUUUUGGGUUUUUAAUUGAUUACUACGACCGAUGUAUUUCGUUUCAAGAAAGGAAAUGUAUUUCCGUGUAAUGGAAUAUAAAUAAAUUUUAUUGAUUGACUUGCUAA